AUCCCCGCGUAUACACUAUACACGACUCUGUCUCCGUUAAACGGGCUAGGAGGAGGGACUACGAGCACUACGUGCUUGGAGAACCGUUCAAAAUUGACCACGAAAAUAUUGUACACCUGGAAAUCAAUUUAGAUAGUCGUCUGAGGAGCAGUAGUUGCCUUUUUAAUCGGUUUCAUUUAUCGUUAUGUCCGCUUCUAAUUUUUUUGUCUGUUACAGUGUUGAUAAAUAUUGCUACAUCGCUAGCCAACAAGCCAAUAUCGAGCAAACCAUAGUCAACCACCAACAUCGCGAGUUGAAUGAAGACGCUUUGCAUGGGCUGUAGCCUAUCCCGUGUAGAUAAGACAGCUGUGUAGCUAACGUUACUGUAACUAGUUAUCUGACGUGCAGAKUAUUUGUUUGUUUUAUUGGCCUGAUAUUUAUCUCAUUGGUAUUUGGUGAAGAAGAGACGAGCAGAUAUCGAGGACGGUAUUGAUUGGAUAUCCAUGAGCUCYGAUUUCCAGCACUACAGUUUCAGGAUGCCUAAUAUCGGGUUUCAGAACCUUCCUCUCAACAUCUACAUUGUGGUGUUUGGGACCGCCAUCUUUGUCUUCAUCCUCAGCCUUCUCUUCUGYUGCUACUUGAUAAGGUUAAGGCACCAGGCGCACAAGGAGCUGUAUGCAUACAAACAAGUUAUACAGAAGGAAAAGGUCAAAGAGCUAAAUUUGCAUGAGAUAUGUGCGGUGUGCUUGGAGGAGUUCAAACAGAAAGACGAGCUGGGGAUUUGCCCGUGCAAACACGCCUUUCACAGGAAGUGCCUCAUUAAGUGGCUGGAGGUGAGGAAGGUGUGCCCGCUGUGCAACAUGCCCGUCCUGCAGCUUGCCCAGCAGGCGGGCAACACCAUCGACGUUACCGUCACCGUGCCCAUACAGCAGCCCCUGCCAGGCAUGGAAAACCUGGUGUAGCGCAGACUGCAGUGAGCACACACACACCUGUACACAUAUACCUCGAUCACACCGGCAGCGUCAUUGCAUUUUUGGUACACCAGAAGUACAUUCAUUUCCAAUGGAACGCUGUGUUUGCCUCGCAUCAUCGGACGUAUGCAUCAAAUUCUUUGCGUAGACAGCUUGACGGAAAUGGUAGAAGAAGGUGAAUGUUGAACUUUUGUUSCACACAUAUCCAGAUGAUGCCGCGUACCAUUUUGCGCCAUGCCGCUGCAGGUGUGAUCGAGGCGUUUAUAUGUGAUUAAAAAGACAGGGCAGACAAUGGAGAAACACAACAGUUUUCCGAUGCGGACAGAGACUCACGGUGACGAGGAAGUGAAUCUGCUGCGUCUCCUCUCAUCUCUCUGCCUCGGUGGAUUCCCAUAAGGGUUUUUUAUAAUAACGGUUCUUUACUGACCAUCUUUUUUUUUGGACACAGCCGUGGUCACUAUUCUGACCGUUUCACAACCAAAGCACUUUUCUGGGGACACCAGCGCGUGACGAGCAAGAGGCACGAAAACCAACAACUACAACACGUUGAAAUGAAAAUGGCGUCAUCGUUUAGUUUUCUUUUUAACAACUAAACCUUAGUAUUUUUUUGUUUUUCUACAAGCACUUUAAAAAUUGAACGCUUGUGAGGAGGUWGUAGUAGCAACAAGGUUAUAUUUUAUAUUUUAUUAUUUCGAUGAACUUUUUUUGUGUGUAGAUACAGAGCCACGCGAGUAAAUUUUUUAGUUGAGUGGAUACUUUUUUUGGGGGGGGGAGCAUAAUAUCUUAAAGGGACAGUAGCCUCCAAAUGAAAUAACAUCACGAUACUCGUGGGAAGCUCAAGGAACCGCAGAAUCUGUGGCCUGAUCCACCCUCUCUCUCACACAUACAAAAGUGGGAGGGAGGAUCACCCCAACCUCAGUACUUGGUGUCUAAACAACUUAAUGUGAAUUAAGAGAGGAUGGGUGUGAAUGUGGAGUUGUGACCCGAAUGUGAUUCAGCGGUGUGCAUCGGACUCUGCGUCCCCCCUUGCAUAUGAAGGUUGUACAGUUUGUUACUCACUGCACACCUCAGUGUCAACGUUCCCAAAUGGCACACACAGACCCGACACAAACUGUGGAGGGGUCCUGGCCUCUGUCACUUCCUGUGGACUGGCGAUCAGGAAGUAAGAGAAACCCAACACCCAGAGCCCAUGGCACCCCUAGAGCCAACAUCCAAUCCGAUGCCUCCGUUACUGUUACAUAAGAGAAGACUGAGCCCCUCCCGAGCCCACAGUGCUCCCAAAGCAUUACUCAUUCAGCUUGUGGCAACGGAGCGCUAUGAAAACGCAUAGCUGGAAGAUUCCUCUUUUGGUUUUAUUACAGUUAAAAAUACAUCCCUCUCUUGCAGUCCUCAGGUUUGAGUUUGAAUGAGGUUUAGCCUGAUUGAAGUCUAAAACAGCUAGCCCAAUCUACACACUACAUAGUAAACAAGAGUACUUCAUAUAAUGCCAAGAUGAUUAUAUUCCAUAUUGUCUCCAAUGUGAUCAUGUCUAGAAUCAUAUAUUCUAUACGCUAAUCUUUACGAAACCUAGAACAAACACUGGUCCACUGAGGCAGUGGUUCUUAAACUUUUCCAGCUCGAGAACCAAAUGUAGAAAUUGACCGUCCUCCCCUGACCCAAAAGGUCCUCCAACAACCCAAAUGAAGAAUAAAUAGUGCGUGAUUAUAGAUGUUUUCCCACAACCCACCUCUGACCUGCCCAGGGCCCCAACCCAUACAGUCGUUUAAGAAACCCGGAACUAAGGCAUUGUUGCAUUUUGACUGCUAUACAUAAAUGUAUAAAACCAGACAAAUUUGCUCAAUUCAUUUCAUUUCCAUUUUGUUUUUAUCCAAACAAUGAUGGUAGUGAACGCUACAGGGUGACACAGCACUGCCUUGGCGCGUGAAAGGCUUGGUGAAAUCGAUCAAGUUGUGACGCUACGCAAACUAAGCAACAAACCUUGUCUCUUGUUUGCGAGCCGUUACUGAUGUAGCAUUACAUAUGGCAGAAAAACGCAUGGUCUUUUACUCAGCACUGAACGAGCAGGACCACCYGCGCUUUCACUUCCUUCUCAAUUCAGUCAACGACUCAAAGCUGCUUCUGGGAUUAGUAGCUAUUUAGCUUUAGCUUAGCGUUGAGCUAAUUAGGCUAUGGGGGAUAUAGGCUAAUUAUCUAGUUCAAAUUCUGGCAGCACUCAGCAUAUCGGUCAACACACAUACGUACGUUCCCAGUAGAUGUCAUUGAGCUGGUAUAGGCCCUGGUUAGCAGUCGGAGAGAACAGCAGGCUCAUUCUAGCGCUUUCCCCAAUCGCUCUCUCCACACUGGUGUUUUGUUCCCCUAAUAUAUAUAUAUAUAUGCACACACUAACCCCUCUACCCUCGUGCUUUGUGGCAUCACUGAAGUAAAAGUGCUGUGUGAUAGUUUGGAACAGAGUCCCAUAGGUCAGGGGUCAGCUUGUGGCAAAGGUCACAGACUAGAUCUAGGUGAUUGGUCAUAAUAAUGGCGUUAAACGCAACUUUAUUUAUAAGAAAGCCUGGGCUGUUCUAACAGGGUCGAUUCGGUUCUUCCCUCUUAAGUGUUUGUACCUUUUCAGGAACCUGGCUGUUUCAGUGCUGAGCAUCAGGCCCAGCUCUAGAACCACUGCGCUUGUGUCUCCUAAAAAUAGAAUGGUAUUCUUAGAAUUCUAGGUGUUAAGAACACCAAGUCGUUAACGAAAUGUACUGUGUCCACUGGCUUUACCUUCGUACAACAACAGAGGGGAAUGUUAGCCUACUGUAGCUAGUAGGUGAAAAGAAUAGUGGGACAUUAUUUCUUGCCAAUAUCAGAAACAAUGUCUCCUUCCCGCCCCCGCCCAAUAAUAUCUAUUGUAUUUGAGGGAGAAGGAUGACAAUUGUGACUAUGGUAAUUUUUUUUUUAACUUUAAACUUUAUUUACAAUGUGUGUUCAUUUUGGCUAUUUGUUUGAUGAGACACCAGUCUGUGGUUGAAUGUGGAAUGAAAAAAAMCAUAACCUUUUUAUUGAAGGCGCCCGGCGUUGCUUGUAUGUGCGGGUCGCUUCGGUACCCGUUUGCCUCUUCUUGGUUCUUCUUUGUGGCUACACACAAAAAUGAGCUACACAGGAACCAAUGGAGGUGUCACCCUUUCUGUAUAUAACUCACCUCUUUGUACAAAGAGACUUCAACUCUGAUAUUAAUCUCAGAACUCCAAAGUUUGACUGGUCCGAAGUUUAUUUUUUGACAACUAGCCCCACCACUUUCUUAUUCCCUUAAGACUCCUAUAUUGUAACAGAUAGCCAACAAGAACACAGCAAGUCUUGACGCUUCAUCCUCUGCUAUGUGUGGUUGUCUCUGAAUUGACGGUUUAGAGGGAGUUUUAACGAUAGGACUGGGUGGGGAGGAGACCGAUAAUGUGAAAGCAUCCGAUGAAAUGGCGGCUUGCACAUGCAACCGAUUUCACCAUUUUGUAAUUGUACAUAGAGAGUAGUAGUGUUGGUAGGAAGACAUACUGCAUAAACACUUUUUACUGUGAGGGGGUGUGCAUUGUGCACCUGUUAGGUUUUAAUUCUGAGUWAAAAAAACUGACAUUAUGAAAGCUUAACCAAGUUUAUUCUUCCCAGAGGAUCAAUACAGCUGUGUUCAGACAAAUACAUGCUUCCACCAACACAAGUAUAUAUACUCGAAUUUAGGCWCUCCUUCUCUCCAAUCCUUACAUCUUUUAUGGUUCGACAGGAAGACGAAGUGAUAGGGUAAUAAACCAUAAUUUCUCCCUUAAGAGGAUCUGACCUGACCUCAACCCCCUUGAUGUCUAAAUCCAAAGAUCUUCACCUGUGACUUCCUCCCAUCCACCCAGCACAUUCCAAAGCCACCUGGCUCCUUCACUUCUGAUGUAAAACCCAGUCUCUAGGAUAGCAAUGUUCCAAGUUUAACCCAGAAUCCAACACAACGAACAGUUGAGGAUAAUUCUUCCAUCGAAAACACUGCAUCUGAGCACUUAUAACUGCCAUUUGCCCAUCUGAGAAUUGCAACAAUUCCAGACAUUUUGUAAUGCUUUCUUUCAAAUGAGAGUUGAAGGUCAGAAGAGAUCUAUUAUACCCCAUAAUUUCUUCCUGUGUAACUCCCUAAUCCUUCCCCCACGCUUCUCGGACCAGACUACAUGGUUCUAGGUUCUCUCCGAGUCCUGGAAAGCAUGUAGCCACGGUCAAGUGCCAUAACAGCAGGCAGUUAGAGGCCCUUCUGCGAGUGGAAGGAAUCAUGUGUAUAUUCAUAGUGAAUAAUCACCUAUCGUCUACUAAGGUACCAGGCCAAAUCUAUUUGAAAAACAUUGCGAGUUUGGACGGUUGAUGAAUUUAGUGAUGACUCGCCCCACCGUAACCUCCACUGAUGUCAGCACUGUUCCAGAGAACGCCAGGCUAUUGGGCUGUAAAUAUUGAAGGACUAUGAUGUACUUGCUUCAAUAUCAUGAAUUACUGAGAGGAGAGUGAGGCUCUUUGUCACGACAGCAACCAAAAUGYGUAAUAACGGGCCCCUUAUCGCGUAUCCUUUCUAUAAGGUGCUUUUAUCUCAAAGUAUACCCAGAGACGGAGAAAGUGGGACAUCCCACUCCUUAAUUUGUGUUUCAAUGGAAGCCAAUGAACUAAGUAGACCAGACCAAGCUGCGAUCACAUUGGUGUCUAUAGUAGAGCCACUCCCUUAAGUAGAACUUUUUUUAAUGGUAAACGGCCUGAGUGAACCAUUUAAAAAAACAAAAAAA